AUGGAUAUAAGAAAAAUAAUUACAUCCGUAAAUCCACAGCAAUAUAAAUUUCCACCUACUACACAAAAGAUUGAAUUUAUUAUAUCACCUAUACCAAAGGAUAUAAAUAUAAUAGAGAUAGAUACAAAAGAACAAUAUGUACAGCAAUUCAUUGAACAAGCAAAUGCAUGGCUUCGAUGGUUUGACAAAUUUCUAUUAGUAUUUAUACAUGUUGUCGAAUGGUUGAAAAAUUGGAAUGUCGAUGGAACUGCUCAAUUAUUUAAUGAUAUAUGUACAACAAGAAAUAAUUCAUCAAUCAACAUGAUUCAAAUGAAAGCAAUAGUUGAGAGAACAUUAAAACUUCUUCGACCAUUUAAUGAUCUUCAACGACUUUGUUAUCUAGUCAAUUGUUUAACAUCAUUUCAAUUAAUUGAUUCUGGUACAUUGAAUAAUCAAAUUAUAUCUGAAAAUUAUAUUCGAGAAUUAAAACGAUUUCAACCUAAUAAUUCAUUCACGGUAAAUGCAAGACAUAUUUUCAAACAUAUAAUUCCUAUCAAUGAUCGUCAAAGUGUUCAAUGGUGUAUUGCUAGUGAAAAACAUCCAUGCAAUAUACAAAUUGAAUAUCAAACAAGUGAACUAAAUGAUGAUACUCAAGUGUUAUUUUGUAAGGAAAAGAUUUCUAUUGAUAAACAUAUUCUGCAAGGAGAAUUUGAAACACAAGAAGCUGGUCAAUUAAUAAUUAUUAUCAACAAUCAACAAUUUCAAGCUCCACGUACUAUAUGGUAUCGAAUAACACAAAUAACAUUAUCAACUUCUCAUCUAUUUCAUGGUAUAUUUAAUAUGUUCUAUCAACAAUAUUAUACACAAUCGAUACGUAUAAUUAAAGAAGGAGAAUUAAGUCAAUUACUUGACAAAGUAUUUACAUUUAUCGAUAAUCUAUUGAAUGGUACUGUAAGUUUAAGAGAUAUGACUGAUCUUAAAACUGUUUUCUGUGAUAAAAAUAUUCAUGUUAGAGAAGAAGUAAAAAAACUUUUCACAAAUCGUUCUUCUGAUGAAAGAGCAAUUAGAAAACAAUCAUCAUUUGUUAAUACGACAAUGAAUAGUCCUACUGAGAAAGAAAUCGAACAAGUUUGUGAAUGGCUUCAAAUCUAUCAAUAUUAUAGUCAUAUAAAUAUAAUUAUAAAUUGUAUUGAAACAUUUGAUAUACUACCGAUUGAUUGUGAUGAUCAAUUAAUUGGUCAUCUCAAACGUUUAUGUGAUGAAAAUUGUUCAUUGAAAGAAAUAACACGUACAUAUGAAAUUGUAAAACGACAAUUUCAAAAUUUAUCAAGUCAACAUUUACAUUUAAUUAAAAUGGCACUUGAAUGUUCAAAUGUUGUUCAAAUGAUGAAAAAAUCUGAUUUAUAUUCAUCUCAUGGACGUCGUCGAUUUCAAGAAUUACGAGAUAAUUUAACAACACAAUUUCAACUACAAGAACGUAAUAAUAUGAUUCUCAAUUCAUGGAUCAUUGCCUAUGCAUUAUGCGAACCAUUUGUUCUCAAAGCAAAUAAUUUUGAUGAAUUUGUUAAUCGUAUUGCUGGAUUAUCAAAUUUUGAAGAAAAUUCUCUCAAUCAUAUGCAAAUUGUCAAUGAAAAUGUACAAAUUGUAAAUAUGUGGUUAUCAGCAGAAGAAACAACAGUAUUAGAUAAUGCUCUUAUAACAAUGGAACAUUUAUAUAAAACUGGUAAAGUAAAAAUAUGUCUUAGACGUUUAAUGAAUGAACAAUCUUAUUUUGAAAUGAUCUAUUCAAUUGAUAAAAUAAAAAGUGAACCAUUGCAUAGAAAUAAUUCUGAACAUGAUGACUGUGAACAAUACAAAUCUGAAAAACUCAAAUUUACAUUGUCAAUGUCUGAUAUCGAUGAUCAUAAACGUCAAUUAACAUUCUGUAAUGUUGAUCUACAAGAAAAUAUGUUUUAUAGAAAAAUAUUAUUGAAUGAACAAUUAAAACUAUUAAAAAUCGUUGAAAAUAUUUAUCUUAUACUUAUUAAAUUAGAAAUGAAUGGUCAUCCAGAUUAUCAACUUAGAGAAGAGAACUAUGAAAUACAUGAUCGAACCGGUGAAAUCGAUACUAUACUUUCGGAUCUCAGAAAAGAUCAUCGUAUUAGAGAAGAUCGAUUAAAACGUAUCGUUAAGACUCGUACAGAAAAUUUAGAAUUAAUCUAUCGUGCUUUAGAAACUGCUUAUAAGAUGUGGAUUAAAAAUUUAGAACGAUAUAGACAAGAUAGUCGUUUAUUGAAUUUAUUUUCAAAUCGUCAAAUAAUGAUUCUUAUUAUUUUAUUAACAACAUCAACAACACAAAAUCAAAUAAAAUGUCAUUUUCUAGAAAAAUUCUCAUUAUCGAAAGAUGUCAUCAAUAAUAAAGAAAAGGAAUUAAAACUAACAAUUCAAUGUUUAACACAUUAUUUACGUUCGCUUAAAAUGCAUGAUUGUGAUUUAUCUGAAACCAAUAUAUUACAUCUCUAUGAAACAUAUAAGAUUCCAUCAAAUUCUAAUGUUGAAACAAGUCUUGAAAAAUUAUCUCAAUUUCUACAAGAAUUAUUCAAUAAUGGAAGAGAAUUAUUUAGAAAAAAUCCAUUAAUCAAUGAAAAUCAACAAUAUCUCGUUACAUCAAAUAUGAUAAGAUAUAAUACAUCAGAGAAAAUACCACUUGAACAUGAUCUUGAUAUGGACACGUGUUGUAUUUUAUUAAAUCUAUUUAAUGAUCGAUUACCAUCUGUUUAUCAAAUAUUAUGGUGUUCUAUUGCUAGUGAAGAUGAUAUUCGUUUGUUUUUUUUACGAGUACGAACAUUUCAUUAUUUGAUAUUUGUUGUUAUGGAUAUUGAUAAAAUGCAUCAUCGUCUUCGAGAAUUUCUAUUAAAUGAACAAGAUGAAUUGACACGAUAUGAACAAGCUCAUGGACCUGUCUAUUAUUUUUCACGAGAAUUAACAAUAAGUCGAAAAGGUUUAAGACCAUUUCAUAUCACACCGAAAUAUCGAGAUUCUAGUCAAACUUAUACACAAUUAAUUCGAUUAUUUCAACAAAAUAAUUGGAUACAACCACAGAUUCAAAUUAUUUAUGGACAAGCUGGAAUAGGAAAAACUCAUUGUAUUAAUACAAAAUACAAAACUGAAGAUACAUCUUGCUUUAGUAUAAAUGAUAAAUUAAAUUUAUCAUCAUUGAUAAGUUCAUUUCUAUCAUUUGAUUCAAGAAUAUCAAAUGAUAGUCCAUCAGUUUCUUUUAAUAUAUCAAUUCAUGCACCAUUCGAAGAAUUAAAUCGUACUUUCUUAUCACUUUUCGUUUGUGGAUCAUUGACUGAUACAAGUACUGGUCUUACAUUUUCAUUACCAGAAAAUCAACAAUGGAAAUUUUUUAUUGAAAUUCCUCAUACAGAUAAAUAUCGUAUGACAAUUAAAGAUAAUUUUCAUCGAAUUUUACCUAUAUUAUCAAUUAUAUCUCCAUAUACAUUAGAAGAAAUUACUGAUGAAAAUUAUCGAUUAUUUAUUGGACAAGAAGAAGAACUUGUUGCGCGAUUUUUAAAAGCUUAUGAAAAUCGAACAAUUGAUCGUCGUCUAACAAUAACUAAUACGGACAUAGAACAACCUGUUGAUUUCGAAGAAUUGACGAAUUCAGAUGAAUGUCGUGAUUAUAUAUAUAAUUGUAUACAAAAAUAUGCUCCUGAAAUACCAAGAAAUAAAAUUUCUGAACUUUCUUUUACGAAAUUUAUGUAUCGUCGUGUUCGAUUUUUUACUGGUCAUUAUUAUCGUUUUAAUAUGGCUUUUGAACAUCUUGGUUCAUCAGUUAUGAAACAAAUGAUUAAUGAAGCAAAAUCUCUUGCUCAAAUUGAUUUUCGACGUAGUAAUUAUCCUCGAAAUUAUCUUAUUUAUGAUCCUAAUUUUUCUUUACAUUUAUUACAUGAUGGCUGGAAUAAUGUUUCAACAGAUUUAAAACAUGUCUUUAAUAAUAAAAAUCCUUCACUUGGACCAGAUUUUAAAAAUAAAGAUUAUUUUGCUAAAUGUUUAUCAUGGUUAAUCGAUAUAAAAUAUGAUGAUUUUGAAAAAAUUAUCAAUGAAACAAAAUUUAUUUUGACUGAAAAUUUUACUUAUAAACUUUUUCAUGUUCAUGAACGUAAAUUAACUAGAUUAUCAUUGAUUAUUGAAGGUGAUACUGGUGUUGGAAAAACAUUUCUUCUCAAAUUCUAUUCAGUAUUAUUAAAUUCAAAUAUAAUCAAUGCUCCAACUUAUGAUAAUGUUGCUCCACGAAUAUUCGAACGUACAAGUCUAUGGUUGUUGACAACUAUUAUUGGUGAUAUUUUAGAAAAUGAACCAAAUUUAUUGAAUAAAUUUCUGCAACGAAUUAAACCAAAAUUGAUGGGAAUCGAUGAUAAUGAUCAAGAAGAUGAAGUUGAAAUACCGAACAUCUAUCAUCCUUAUACACAAUCGUCUGAUGAAGACGAUGAUGAAAAUUCAUCAAAGAAAAUAGUUAUGAAUUGUGGACCACAAUUAAUUGUUCCACCUCAAAUCAUGCAAGAAGCUCAAUCACCAGCAGCGNUUAAAUAUUAA